CACCAGUGGAGAGAGAGGCUCAGCCUUGUCUCUUCUCUUCGCGCGUCUUCUCUCCCUGCAGGCGCGGCGCGAGGAAGGUGACGCACACACAAGACACAAACGCGAGAAGGUAUCUCGACCUCGCUCCAGCUUCACCUGAAAAUGGAGAACGCCGACAUCGCAAGGGAGAGGAGACAGAGGCGAAGAGGCGAAUUCAGACGUCGAGAAAGGAGACAGAGAAGAAGGGCAUGAACGAGGCAGACUGACGAGGCGAAGGUCCGUAGGGAGGCCUCUGUCUUGCGCGUCUGCUGCUCCUCAUACCCUCUUCGGAGGCUGCUUCUGACUCGCGAGCAAGUUCUCAUCUUAGCUUCUCCCCAAGAUGAAGACGAGCCUUCUCCUCGCGUUUCUCCUCUCGUUUCUCCUCGCGUUUCCGACUUUGGUUCCUCAGAUCGGCGGUCGAACGCAUUCGGCGGGAGAAGCGCGUUCUGGAACUUCUCAGUCGUUUUUUCUGUCGGACGCUGCGCCAGUUCCGUCUCGCCGAUUCUCUUUCUCGAGUCUCCCUCUUGAAGCGAGCGUUCUCCGGUCGCCUCAGCGGGCCGCGUCCUUAUCUGAGACGCUCUCCGAAUCCUUGCUCUCCAGCCUCUUCUCUUCUCUUGCUCGCUUGUCGCCUGUCCCUCGACUCCACUUGCCAUCUCUUUGCGGGGAAACAACUCCUUGCCCGCCUGCCUUUCUUGGCUCCUCGGUACCUCCAGUCGCGUUCCGCGGAUCUUCUUCUUUGCUCCCUGUGAUCAAGCUGGAAAAAGCCUCUCUGAGUCGAGCGCAGAGACGCGAAGCGUUUGGUUUCCUUCACCCUCUUUCUCCUCGUUUUCUGUCUCCCUCGCUUGCUCACUCUCCAUGUCCGUGGCGGUUCGCUUCCUUCGCUCUCCCUUCCUCUUCGGCUGCUUCUCGCGCUGCGCCUCCGCAGACCCAGUCUCGGAAUGUUGCGGAGUUUCGCGAGUUCGAAGAGGGCAGACUCGUUGCCUCCCCACACGGUGGAGGAGAGACAGGGAAAGUCAACGAGGAGACAGUCGUCACGAGGUUCGCCCCGAGUCCCACUGGUCCGUUGCAUGUUGGCGGUGCUCGCGUCGCUCUCUUCAGUUUCCUUCUUGCGAAACAGAAACGGAGCGAAGAGGAGAGGAAUACACGAGGCAGUUCUGCCGCGCAUGCAGCCGCUUCGGCAACGGCGUUGGCUCCUUCCGACGAGAAACGCGAGAUACUUCCCUCCUCUUCGCCAGCAUCAUUUUCGACUUCUCUUUCUUCCUAUUCUUCUUCACCUUCUCCUUGUCCUGCGUCUUCUUCUUUUGUUCCUUCCCUUCCUUUGCGUUCGCGCUCUUCGUUUCUGCUUCGCAUUGAAGACACGGACGAGAGAAGAAAUGCAAACGCAGCCUCGUUCGCCUCUGCGCUGCUGGCAGACCUUCGGUGGCUCGGCAUCUCCUGGGACGAAGGUCCCGACGUCGGCGGCCCGGCUGGUCCCUAUCGCCAGUCUCUUCGCAGCGCCUUCUACGCGAAUAUUGGCAAGCAGCUGGUGGCUGCGGACUGUCUCUAUCCCUGCUUCUGCACGAAAGACGAGCUGCUUCGUCGCCGUCAAGAGGCAGUCGCAGCCGGCGAGAGGCCGCGCUACGACGGGAGUUGUCGCUCUCUGUCUGCCGCCCAGCAGGCUCGUCGACUUACCGAGGCGCGCGAGAGAAACGCUCCGUUCACACUUCGCUUCAAAGUUCCAGAAAAUCUGGAGUUUGUCGAAGUCUACGAUGCUUUGAGAGGCCGAGUACAGUUUCCAGUAAAAAACGCAUUAAGUGACUUUCUCUGCUUCCGUCGCGUCCUCUACAAGCAGAGUGAACACCGCUGCAAACGCUCCGCUUCAGAAAAUCCACCUCGAGGUUUCGCUUCUACCUCACCGUCGUGCCCUCUCCCCUCGCAUCAUUCCUUCCCUCAUUUGCCUGCUUCUCUCGUCUGUUCUCCCUCUUCCUCUUCUUCUUCCUCUUCUUCUUCCUCUGCUUCUUCUUCUCCUCUCUCUUCUUCUUCGUCCUCUUCGCCUCGCAUGUGGAUCGAGGACUCUGUGGAGUUGGAGGCUCCAGUUUACAACUUUUGCGUCGCUCUGGACGACUGGGCGAUGGGCGUCACACAUGUCGUUCGAGGCUGCGACCAUCUAAUCAACACAGCCAGCCAAGUUCUGCUGCUGCGGGCACUGAACGCCAGAGUGCCUGUGUACGCCCAUAGCGGCCUCCUCUGUUCUCCGGAUGGCGCGAAAAUCAGCAAGAGGAGCAUGAGGCAACUCGACGGCGCGUCUCCGGGACGACUCGAGAAACGCGAAUCAGGAGAUCCACGGCGGGAACGAGAGGUAGAAGCAGGAAAAGAAGAACGCAAAGGAGACAACGGAUGGAUGACGAUUCGAGCCCACCCCAUAGGCGCACUGUUCGAUUUGAGACUGACACACAGAGAGACAGACAAACCGAAUCGCGCCGCGCAUGCUAAAAGAACAUGUGGAACGGCAGCAGGCGAAGAACAAGAACAAGAAGAUCAAGAACAAGAAGAAGAACAAGAAGAGGAGCAGAAAGAGGAAGAGGAGCGCGACAGGGGUGAAUGCCGAGUGGACGAGGCGUUUGAAGAGAUCGGUGGUGAACAGGAAGCUGACGAGCAAGCGGGUGGAGACAGCGAAGCGCAGCAGUUUUCUCCGUACACGAUUGCGGGACUACGACGAAGAGGCUUCCUGCCGGAGGCUGUGCUUCUCUUUCUGUCUGGAGCUCACGACAGAGCGACCAGGUUGUCUGAAGUGCUAAAGAGUUUUUCGAUCAACGGUGUGGGGGCCUCCAAUCUCGUCUACGACGAAACGCUUCUGCAGCAUCUUCAUUUUAAACUGAUUCGUCAGGCGAUUGAAGAGAGAGACAACUGUCUCCUUUCCCGGCACCUCGCGAGUCUCCUUCGCAUGGGCCUCGCGGAGAAAAAGCUUUCGGCGAGGCAGGGAAUGCCAGCGGACAACUUUGAGGCAGGCCAGCGACGAGAAGAUGCAGACGCGCAGGAGAGCGACGCCUGUGCGCUGUCUCAGUCCGUCGCAGAGGGCGUCGCUGUCGAUCACAAGAGAGGCGAGGAACCGCUGAAAAAGGAGACAGAAGGAGACGACGAGACACUCGCAACCCUCAGAACAAAGCCGGGGCAGGACGCCGAGGACAAAGAAACGAAAGCAAGAGAAAGCCGAGAAGGCAGAGGAGAGGAGAGGAGAGAAGGAAGCGGAGAGGACGCAGAAGGCGAACAGAGAGGCGAAGAGAGAGAAGAGGAAGCAGAUAAUGAAGGAAGAGAAGCGCCACGAACAAGAAGUUGCAGAGAACGAGAAGCCGGGCGAGAAGAAGAAGUAGCACAGCUUCUUUCGGACCUCUUUGGAGAGUCGUUUGAAGAAUCGCCGAUUGCCAUCUUGAAACACAGACGGCGCUCCCCAUGCAGCGUGAGGCAACGCGCCCUCAGGGACUUUUUUCUUCUCACGGCCUGCCUUCUGCUUCCUCAUCACAUGAACCCCAGAGAGCUCGUCAGCGCGGUUGCUCGGCUCAUGCGGACUGCUCUGCUCACCUACUUCCCCCCUAUCGAGGGAGAGGAGGCCGAACACAGGGACGAGCGGAGCGCGCCAGAAAGGAAGCAAAAGAGAGAAGAAAGGUGCUCAGAGAGAGAGAGAGGACAGAGACGCGCAGUUCCUCCGAAGGUACUCGACAACCUCGACGCCCUCAAGCGUCUCUCUCGCUAUCUCCUUUCGCCUGACGCGGAGCACGCGUCGCCAUCUCUCGCCAGGUCCGAAAUUCUUCAAGUUGUCCAGGAUAUGACGGACCUCGAAUUCUCGUAUGGUCGUCUGUCCCCUUCUUCUUCGUUGUCUCCCUCCAGCGACGCUCCUGUGGCUGCCAAAGGCGACGGUUCUCCUUCUGCUUCUUCUCCGUCUUUUUCUUCAAGGCCCCCCAGAGUGACUGUCCAGCCGCGAGUGGAGACGGGGAUCAUUGCUUCAGAGACGGUCGAGAGAGAGCCGUUCGUCGUGUAUGGUAGAAAUGCCGACGAGACGAGAGCCCAGGAGAAAGGAACCUCAGAAGAACGCCAAGUGCUCGCUCAGAAGCUCUUUGAUCGCUGGAUCGCGAAGAGCGCCGAAGCGUGCAACAUGUCGAGAAAACUGUUUCUUUAUCUCCUCCGUUUCGCUCUCACCGGGGGCGAAGAAGGGCCGCCCCUUCGACAGCUGCUGCUGCUUCUCAGCCUCGCCGAGAAAGCCGGACUGAGGUCCAAGCCUUCUGCGAGUCGCCCCGCGAGGCUGUCUCCGCAUCAGAGACUGUCUCCUUGUGGAGAAAGAGACAAACCUGGAGCGGAAGAGGCGAUCCAGCCUUCGCUGGAGACAGCGCAAGGAAAAGGCGAGGACGACGCAGAGGAAGAUUUACAAGUCAAAGAACAAGGACAGCGCGUCAAGGAAGAAGCGAGAGUCGAGCGUUUGACUGUCGCGUACGACGAAAAGAGCAAAGACCUGAGAAGGCCGUGGCUUUCCGAGAGUUCUUUUUCUCUUCCUCUCUCUUUUGAUACGUUAAUGGAUAGGCUACACGCCCUGAAAAACUUCGUAGAGAGGCUGAACAACAUGACUGUAUAACAGACACAUCGGUUCGCGAGCAGCAACUUCCCUGUAUCGCAUACAUGUUCUGUCAGUUUUUCCUACAUGUUCAUGAAUUCACAUUCAUAUAUAUAUCUCCACAUGUAGAUAUAUUGAAUGAAGUAUGAAGGAACAUACUUUCGCAGGUCUGUGCAUCCUUUCUUUUCUUGUGUAUAUCUCAUCCAUCGUGGCAAGGGGGAAAUGGAGUGUAGCUCACCCAUUUACAAUUUUCGAUGUCGACUUCCAUUUCUCUAGAAAAUGGCUACCUAUAUAUAUAUAUAUAUAUAUAUAUAUAUAUAUACGCAUGCAAAUUAUGAAGAUAUGUGGGUGUGAGGAUAGAUGGCUAAACGGCUUUCCAGGUGUGUACACGUUUAUGCGUAAAGGUUUUUCUUUCUUGAGUGUCGAAACCUGC